AUGGCUGAUUCCAUGUAUUCAGAUCUGAUAGCCAGACACUACAACUUCACAGGGAAACUGCGAAAGGUUGAGCAGGACCCGGGACUUAAAGCUGACUCUGUGGUUUUCAUCAUUGUGUGUUGUUUCAUCAUUUUGGAGAAUGUUUUGGUUCUACUCACCAUCUGGAGGACCAAGAAGUUCCACAAACCCAUGUAUUACUUCAUUGGGAACUUGGCUCUGUCAGACUUGCUUGCUGGCGUGGUGUACACCGCAAACAUACUAUUGUCAGGGGCAAACACCUAUAAACUGACACCUACACAGUGGUUUUUCAGGGAAGGGAGCAUGUUUGUGGCCUUAGCCGCUUCUGUCUUCAGUCUCUUGGCUAUUGCCAUUGAACGGCACUUAACCAUGCUGAAGAUGAAGCUGCACAACAAUGGCAACACGUGCCGUGUGUUUAUGCUUAUCAGCACCGUCUGGUUCAUCGCGGCCAUCCUGGGGGGCCUUCCCAUUAUGGGAUGGAAUUGCAUCGAAAACAUGAACCGCUGCUCCACGGUGUUGCCUCUCUACCACAAAACCUACAUUCUGUUCUGUACCACGGUUUUCAGCGUUAUCCUCAUGGCUAUAGUCAUCCUCUACGCGCGCAUUUACGCACUGGUGCGCACGCGGAGCCGCAAACUGGUUUUCCGUAAGGUGUCCAACGGUCGCAGCAGCAACAAAAGUUCAGAGAAAUCUAUGGCAUUGCUGAAAACUGUGAUCAUCGUGUUGAGCUGUUUCAUCGCCUGCUGGGCUCCACUAUUCAUCCUCCUGCUGCUUGAUGUAGCCUGUGAGAUUCGCAUGUGUCCCAUCCUCUACAAGGCUGAGUGGUUUCUAGCGUUGGCAGUGUUAAAUUCCGCCAUGAACCCACUGAUCUACACGCUGACUAGCAACGAAAUGCGCCGCGCUUUUAUCAAAAUGCUUCUGUGUAACGUGUGCAGUCAGCCAGUGGGCAAGUUUUCUAGACCGAUCAUCGGCGCAGAAUUCAGUCGUAGCAAGUCGGACAACUCUUCUCAUCCCAAUAAAGAGGAACCUGAAUACUCGCCCCGAGAGACCAUUGUGUCUUCGGGAAAUAUCACCUCGUCAUCUUAA